AUUUAGUCUAGUCUAUAAGUCAAAGAUUCAGCACGUGUUUCCAUGGCACUGACACCUCCGAAAUCCAAUCCGAAACGUCAGAGAUAUCCAACGAAAUACCAGGUUCACUGGGAAAAAGAAUUUCCAUGGAUCGGAAAACAUUCGACGAGCAAAACAACUGCUUUUUGUAAGCUGUGCUGCAGAAACUUUAGUGUUAGCCAUGGAGGAAAGCAUGAUGUGAAAAAACAUGCAACAUCAUCUAUGCACAUAUUACACGAGAAAUCUGGAUCUCUGACCACCUUUGUGACAACGGUACAGGUUGAAGAUCAAGCUGUUACUAAUGCUGAAUGGCUCUUUGCUAAUUUUAUAUGUGAACAUAAGCUGUCAGUAGAAGCUGCAGAUCAUUUAUCCAAGCUCUGCAAACGAAUGUUUCCGGAUAGCGUGAUCGCACAGCAAGCUGAAGAUUGGAGUGGACGUGCUGUUAGAAUGGCUUUAGACAUGGCCAGUGUGAAGAAUGUGUGGCGAGCUGCUGAUGCGGUGUGUUUUGAUGUGGACUCUACUGUGUUAAAAGAUGAAGCUUUGGAUGAGCUGGCGAAAUUCUGUGGAGUAGGACAGGAGGUUCAAGAAUGGACAAACAAAGCCAUGGGAGGUGGAGUAUCAUUCCGAGAGGCUCUAACAGAGAGACUAAACAUUGUCAAACCUUCACACAAAAACCUGUCAGAUUUUGUGUCUCAGCAUACUCCUGACUUUUCUCCUGGUAUCAAAGAGCUUGUUGCCAUACUAAAGGAGAGAGGGGUUGCGGUUUACCUUGUGUCUGGUGGAAUGACCUCCAUCAUAGAGCCUGCUGCUGAGAUUCUAUCGGUUCCUUUUGAAAACAUAUAUGCCAAUAAACUCAAGUUCUAUUAUCACGGUGACUAUGCAGGUUUUGAUGAGGACCAACCAACCUCAGAAUCUGGUGGAAAAAAGGUAGUAGUUCAAAGGUUGAAGGACAAGUUUGGAUAUAAAAACCUUGUGAUGAUUGGGGACGGUGCUACAGAUAUGGAAGCUUGCCCACCUGCUGAUGCCUUUAUAGGCUAUGGCGGUAAUGUGGUGAGGGAGAAAGUCCAGCAGGGGGCACAAUGGUUUGUGAGAGAUUUCCAGGAACUUAUACAGGAACUGGUGAAGGAUGAGAGUAGCUGACUUACAUCUGCUUAGGAUUUUAGGGAUGGUCUUAUAUACUUGAUUUCUGCCUUCUGAAGGUUCACAUCGUUGAUAUCUACAUAUAUGGAUGUUUACAUUUUGGAUGUUUACAUUGUGGAUGUUUACAUAUAUGGAUGUUUACAUUUUGGAUGUUUACAUUGUGGAUGUUUACAAUGUAGAUGUUUACAUUGUAGAUGUUUACAUUGAGAUGUUUAUAUUGUCAGAUGUUUACAUUGUUAAUAUUUACAUGGUAUUUAUUUACAUGGAGAUGUUUACAUUGUGGAUGCUUACAUUGUGGAUAUUUACAUUGUAGAUGUUUACAUGGAGAUGUUUACAUUGUGAAUGUUUAAAUUGUAGAUGUUUACAUUGUGAGAUGUUUACAUGGUAGAUGUUUACAUUGUAGAUGUUUACAUUGUAGAAGUUUACAUUGUGAGAUGUUUACAUGGAGAUGUUUACAUUGUCGAUGUUUACAUUGAGAUGUUUACAUGGAGAUGUUUACAUGGAGAUGUUUACAUUGAAGAUGUUUACAUGGUAGUUGUUUACAUUGUGAGAUGUUUACGUGGUAGAUGUUUACAUUGUGAGAUGUUUACAUUGUAGAUGUUUACAUGGAGAUGUUUACAUGGAGAUGUUUACAUUGUAGAUGUUUACAUGGUAGAUGUUUACAUUGUGAGAUGUUUACAUUGUAGAUGUUUACAUUGUGAGAUGUUUACAUGGUAGAUGUUUACAUUGUGAGAUGUUUACCUUGUAGAAGUUUACAUGAAGAUAUUUACAUUGUGAAUGUUUACAUUGUAGAUGUUUACAUUGUGAGAUGUUUACAUGGAGAUGUUUACAUUGAAGGUGUUUACAUGGUAGAUGUUUACAUUGUGAGAUGUUUACGUGGAGAUGUUCACAUUGAGAUGUUUACAAUGUAGAUGUUUACAUUGUAGACAAAAAGUAUCGAGGUAUAACGUUGUUGAAAAGAUCUGAAUUGAGUUAUAUUUUCCUUUUAAUUGAAUGUUAGACAUAAUAAAAAAUUACACUCCAUGCAGAGCCCAGGAUUGAUAUAAUGACACUUGGUAACAAAUUACAGGAAGUGUUUAUAUUUCUGGACUAUGUAUGCUACAAGUCAUAAUAAAAUCUAUCUACUUUCAAGUACAUUGUGUUGUACAAGUAUGUGUAUAUUCCUUCAUGAUAUUUUGGUACUCUCAAAUAACGUACUCUGAUAUAAAAAUAUAUCUGAUGUAUAUUUUGGGUUGAGGAUAAAUUUUAAAUCUAGGUAUGAUGAAAAGUGAAAUGUUGAAAUUAUUUGAAUAUUUACCAAAUUGUUUUUACCUUUUUUGUUGCAGUAUUGACCAAUUUGUUUGACUGUUGAAUUUAUUCUAAACUCCACAUAUAACAGUAUUUUUAUAUC